UCUUUAAUCUUGGUUGCUAAUUGCUAUAGCUGAAAAUCACGAUCAAAAUUCUGAAUAUUUUAGUGAAGAGCAGCAUAAUUUAUGAAAUAUUAACAGAUCCAUCUGUGAUUCUGGAUUUUGAAUUUUGGCUGCUUUUCUGUGAACUUUUUGCUGCCUGAAAUUAUUUAUAAAUUGGUCGCGUUCAUGUAGUGAUUUUGACUUUUUUGAGAUUGAAUAUUUUGCAUGAACUCAAGUGCUUCUCCAUUUUCUGAGAUUUAUACCUCUGAUUUCUAUGUUCACACUGAUAUAAGAAUUUGUUGUGAAAAAGAUCUGGAAAUUAGUACAAAUCUCUGCCACGGGUAGUGCAAGGCUUUUUCUCUGAGGCUUUGGCUUAGAUCAAGAGCUAAUAAUCUGUAUUGAUUGUUAGAUUUUUCUGGUUUUGAGUGUUCAUUUUGGAAGUUGUUCUCUGGAAAAUUGAAAACCUCAUUUAAAUCUCUGCGGCAGGCGGUGCAAGGUUUGCUCUGAGGCAGAAAUCCAGAGUCAAAUAUCUGUAUUUGAUUUUGGAUUUUGAGUUUCUGGGGAUUUCUGUGAGUUUUUGACGAAGAAGAUUUAGAUGCCACCCUCAAUUUCUGUCGAUACCUACUGAUUACCAAAAAGGGGGUGUUUCUGUUUCUGCCUUCGCUAUCAUCAAUAGUUUAGAUUUGGCAGAUUUAGCAGAAAAUAGUUGAGGAGAGAUGGGUUCAUUUCCAGGGCAUGCGAUUCCUGGGACUUUGUUUCUAGUGAUUGGUGUGUGGCACAUGUGGUGCUCUCUAAUCAGAUAUGCAUCAAAUCCAAAAUCUUUCCAAGUCAGGGUUUGGAACCCUGUUCCUGGUUUUGAUGGCAGGCUUAAGUACUUGGAGCUCUAUGUGAUUGCAAUUGGAGCUUUCUUCGAUCUAUGCAUAGAGUUUCUGUAUUCUACCCAUCUCAAGAUCGUUGUUCAUGGAGUCUUAAACCCUUCUCAUAUGAACGACUUUGAGCACUCGGGGAUGCUGCUUAUGUUCUUCAUCUUUGGCGUUGUCGCACUUCUCUCUGAGAAGACGAGAUACCUACCAUUGCCGGAAGGCGCUUUAUGCUUGGUAGCUUCAGCAGCAUUCACAGCAGAGUAUCUUUUAUUCUAUUUUCACUCUACCACUCACAAGGGCCUCGAAGGAUGGUAUCACUUCAUCCUCGUCCUCCUAAUCGGCCUCUGUAUACUGUCGACUAUCGCUGGAGCUCUCAUGCCUACGAGCUUCCCAGCGGAUUUAUGCAGUGGCAUGGCUAUGACACUCCAAGGCCUUUGGUUCUACCAGACAGCGUUCACUCUCUACGGUUCAAUGAUGCCAGAUGGUUGUUUGCUCAAGGACAACGAGGUCAAAUGCCAUUCCCCAGAACAUGAAAUCCGUGGUGAGUUGCUGGCGAAUUUCCAACUAUUCAUUCAAGCUUUCAGUGUUCUUGUCGCUGUUGCUGGAGCGUAUAUCUAUAUCGAGCCAAAAUACGGGCGUUCUAACUAUAUCGAAUCACAUGCUCUCGAUGAUGCCGAAGAUCAGAAUAUCAUUUCUUCAGACAGAUGACAUGCUUUUAUUUUCCCUCAAAGUGGUUCACUUCUUCGAUUCUCCACGAGGAGGGACGUAGAUUGAGGAUACUCUGUUUCGGACAUAGAUAUACCAACACUCUUUAUUACAUGUUCAUGGUGUUAUGUAGUUUACAUGUAGACCAAUAUCAGAGCCAAGGUUAUAGCAGAAUUGCAACAUUUCCUUAUUUCUUGUAGAAAAUAUCCUUCCGCUUAGAAAUUAUUGACCAUUGUUGUGACACUGUAUCUCUUUGAUUUUUGUUGUAUUGAACGUGUCCUGUGCUGGGCAAUGGAGGCCAAGGAGGCAUUACUUUUCAAGUAUAAUAUCUUGUUUACUUUUGGUAGUA